GGUACUUGGAUAAGUUAGCCUUCUGCUAACUCCGCAAUGGACAAUGUCCCCGGUUUUUGCUCCUCAGUCGCUCCUGAAGAAAACGGACCAGAAACCUGCGACAGCUCCUCCAUGGAAGACGGACUCGUCGACGCUUUUGGAGACCUGGCCGCCCUCCCGGUCGAGGUCGGCGAGAGAAGACCGACGUGUUUACGGUGCCGUCGCCCUCAGAAGGUGUGUCUCUGUCCUUUUCUUCCACCACAACCCCUGGAGGUCUCCACAUGUCUGUACGUAGUGCAGCAUCCCGCAGAGGAGAGCAGAGUACUUCGCACAGUGCCUCUACUCGCUGCUUGUUUGCCACAAGGAAAAUGCAAUGUCAUAAUUGGAAGGAGAUUCAACGAGGAAAAGCACCCAGAGCUGGCUGCGGUGUGUCGGGACAGCAGGACGCUCAUCUUGUACCCAGGCCCCAAUUCCCAGAACCUGGAGGAGUUGGUGAAAUACCAGGAAGUAGGAACUGUAAAACAUAAUGUCAUCAUCAUAGACGGCACCUGGAGCCAGGCUAAAAACAUGUUCCUCAAAAACAGCAUGUUCCACCUCCCUAAACAGGUGCAGCUCAAUAGGACUCUGUCCAGUCAGUACGUGAUCCGCACACAGCCCUCCAACAUCUGUCUGUCCACGCUGGAAUGUGCUGCUGUCGCUCUGUCCAUCCUGGAGCAGAAUGACGACAUCCAAGAGGUUCUGCUCAGGCCCCUGAAAGCCCUGUGCUCCUUCCAGCUGCAGCACGGUGCUCAGAUUCAUCACAGCAAGGAGCAUCUACUGAAGAACGGCAUGUACGACAAACCCAUGCCCAAGAACAAACGCAAGAUAAAGAGGAUGGAGAAACUCGUCACUGACCACAACAUCUGCCCAAGAUGAAGGAGGGACUGAGCAGAGAAAAGAGGCUCCACUCAUCUCUGUCACUGCACAGGACUGUAGCAUCAGCUUGUAGCAGCAUUGGGGAACAGCAGGCAUGGAAACCAUUGGACUUCUUGGGAUUUUGUUUCUUUUUUAUACAUAUAUAUAUAUAUAAAUAUAAAUGCUGGAAGCUGAUAGGUGUAAUUUAUGUAUUUGUUAUUAAUUUUAAUGAAAUUAAUGACAAAUUAAAGCUGUAGUUGAAGUGUCAUAGUGUGACAAUA